UGCGGAAGUAUUUUGGCAAGGUACAGAAAAGGUUGUGUCAUGUAUGGCUUCGUACUACAUUUUAAGAUUUGCACGCUUUCUGGAAAAAGGACUGCCUAAGAUUCAAGUCUGGACAAAAGCCAAUAACGCCUCAUUCGUGGUGUCACCUCAAGUUGUAUUAAUGACAGCACUGACAGACUUUGAACCUUUAGCGAAGAGACUAAGGGUUGAAACCAGUGAAACACCAGCGUCUUCUGUCAGAGGUUCAUCCAAACAGAGUGCUGGUGAUUGUAUCUUAGACCAAGAAAGCAGAGAAGACGAAACAAAGACAAACAUGGAGGCACAGCCAAAGACCGGAGAAGGUGGUUUGCGAGGUGUAAAGACAAAAGGUUCCCUUCAAAGAAUUGGACCCAAGCAGCAGCAGAAGUUCAGAAACACUCUUGACCGGUGGUUGGUCAAACCCUCAAGAAGCACAAUUACACCCGAAGCGUGCCAAACCCCGGAGGAUGCCGACAUGAGCGAUGAUGGAGACGUUCAAAGCACCUCGGCUCAGUCCUCAGACCGCACAAACGUUGAGAAAUCGUACGUCUCUGACACGGAUGAAGAAACUCAACCCUUGACGCCACAGUUCCAGGAUCAAGACCAGGAUCAACACCUUCGUGACUCACCAGUUUCCAAGGAUCGUGCAAGGAGUGGCUUUAUGCGGACACAGACCAACAACGACGAUGGAUUUGAAAAGCAGGAAAUGGGAGCGAGCUCAGAGGGCUCUGCCAAACACAGCAACAAAAUAACAGACUUUUUUCCGGGGGCAUCAUCACCUGGUUUACCUGUGAGACGGAGCAAGGCAAGGAGAUCUCCAGAGGAACCAGAUGCAGACGAGGAAACUACUUCUGCUGAUGUGACAUGGCUGGGAUCGCCAAUAAGCGAGCUGAAGAGGAUGCCACAGUGUGGUGGGCGACUUCCUCCGCUGAAGGAUGUUCUUGGCCAACACACUGUGAUGAUAAGGACGGACCUCCUUCGCAGUGGGGAAGUUCCUGUUCCGUAUCCUACCAAGUUUUGGGAUGCCUGGGAUGAUGCGCACGUUAAGAUGCCAUGUUCUAGCCACAACUUGUUUCCUGUAGAAGAUGAGGAAACACAAGAACGGACGAAUAAGAGCAGGUGGGAGCUGAUCAAGGAAACCUUAAACAAUACAUUAACAAGUCCACUGGAUUUGAAGAAUGCAAUAUUGAAAUACAACGCCUCAAACGCCAAGAAAUGGGACUUCACAUCGCUACAUUUGUACUGCACUAAGGUCCUGGAGCCUGAUGCUGCCGAACAUCUGUUUGACUCCUUGCUGCCAGACAUGGUGCAAUUAGCGCUGAGCGCAUCUGAGCUCUGCACCAAGCCGAUACCGCUCCUCAAGGGAGGCAUGAACCACUCCAUCACCAUGUCCCAGGAGCAGGUGGCAUGUCUGCUCGCCAACGCCUUCUUCUGCACCUUCCCCCGACGGAACUCCAGGAGGAGCGAGUACGCCAACUACCCGGCCAUCAACUUUUUCAGGUUAUUUGAGGGGUCUUCUUCAAAGAAGAUUGAGAAGCUGAAAACCCUGAUGUGCUAUUUUAAAAGUGUCACUGAGCAAAUACCUACUGGACUUGUGACAUUCACUCGAAGGCGUUUGGAUAAACCACCAAAUUGGAAAAGCUCGCAGACUCUGCUGAAGAAGCUCCACAUAACUUGUGAAGGGACCAUUGAGGAUGAUGGUUAUGGGAUGCUUCAGGUGGAUUUUGCCAAUCAGUUCGUGGGAGGAGGCGUCACCAGUUCUGGUCUCGUUCAAGAGGAAAUCCGUUUCCUCAUUAACCCCGAGCUAAUAGUUUCUCGCCUCUUCACCGAAGCCCUGGAUCAUAACGAGUGUCUGAUCAUCACAGGAACGCAGCAGUACAGUAAGUACACAGGGUAUUCGCAGACCUACCAGUGGAGCGGCAGCCACCAGGACACGACUCCGAGGGAUGGCUGGCAGAGAAGAUGCACUGAGAUUGUGGCCAUCGAUGCUCUGCAGUUCAGGAGCUUUCUUGAACAGUUUCACCCUGAGAGGAUCAACCGAGAGCUGAACAAGGCGUACUGUGGCUUCGCUCGCCCGGAGGAACCAAGUCAAAACCUCGCAGCCGUGGCAACGGGGAACUGGGGCUGUGGCGUUUUUGGAGGUGACACGCGCCUCAAAGCUCUGCUCCAGAUGCUGGCAGCUGCCGAGGCGGGCCGAGACGUAGCCUAUUUCACUUUUGGUGACAAGCAGCUCAUGACAGAUGUCCACAAAAUGCACUCUUUCCUGACAAGGAAGAAAGUCACUGUCGGGGAGGUGUAUGAUCUCCUGGGGCUUUACUACAGCUCGGUGUGCAAGAGCUGCCUCGGCCGGCGCCCUGACGUCAGCCUCUACUCCUUCAUCUACCAGCAGGUCAGCUCCUCCCUGGCGCCCGGUGUCUCCUAGCAGGGGUUCGGCCAGACAACACGCACCCACUGACUGCCAUUAAGGUCAAGUGGCUCAUGAGUCACCCUUUGCCUCAUCCCUGGGAAUCGGAACACUUAACCAAUUAAAAGAUUCGGACUUUAUAAUCAUUAUUAUUAUUUUUAUUUGGUAGAAGAUAGACCUAAUGUGGUGUUGACCACAUGCUGCAAAUGAAAAAUCUAGCAUACAAAUCCUCAAAAGCAUCUGAAGUGUGUGGUGGCACUGCAGACCAGCCCUGUGUUCAUUUGUGCCAGAGCCGGUAACGCGGCAGUAGAUUGAGCUCCAGUGUGACGCGGGUUGUGAUUUUAAUGGUGAAGCAAAGGUUGCCAUCCAUCUUCCCAGUGUGUCAUGUUGCCUUCUUUUUUUUUUUUUUACACCCACACAUAUCCAGCCUAAUUGAAUUGGCUGUCAGAAAUCAAGUUAAAGGAAAAGAAUAACAAGAAUGGUGUUUGGAAAAGCUUGGAGCAGUCCCAGGAAAGUGGUUUGAUUUAAAGAGCAGCCCGCCUCUCGGAGAAAUAAUCUCCGCAUUUAUUCGGUUACGUUUGUCGACUGAGGACGCUUGUUCUUUUCUCAAUGUGAUUGCACUGACCUUUAUUCGCUUCGUUUAUGUAUUUUACAAGAUGCUGAUGUAAAAUUCCAUUUUUUUUUAAUGGCUAAACUAGUGAGAAAAGGACAUUUUCUGAGGUUUUGUUUUUCAGUGAUUCCAAAUAAAAUCUGUUUUAAUGAGAA